AUGAGUUCUUCAUCAAGCUCUCGUGAACCUUCACCAUCUAUGAAACAAACUUUACCAAACGAUUAUGGAGCAUCUAUUGAAUAUUUCUUACGAGCUGCACAAUGGCAAAGAGCAGUCUCACCAAGGUUAGGUGUUCCACCAGCUCCUGUCAAAAAUAGCAUUUGGUCAAGUCCUUAUAUAAGAUAUGGUCUCCCACUAGGUUUGCUAGCUACAGCAGGAGCAGUUAUGAUGUUGAAAAGAAAUAAAGCAAAUGUUGUAAAUAAUACUGAAGUAGCUGAA